AUGCUGCUGCUCCUUCUGCUCACAAAUGCUUUUGUCCUUCUGCCCUGGGCUGGGGCUGGAAGGAUCAUUGGUGGAUGUGAAGCUAAGCCCCACUCCAGACCCUACAUGGCUUACUUAAUAAUUGAAAAUGGCACAAAAGGUAUUAAUUUUCCCUGUGGAGGGUUCCUGAUUCGCCCAGACGCAGUGCUCUCAGCAGCUCACUGUGUGGAUAUAAAAGGGAGAGUGAAGGUCACUGUGCUUCUGGGAGCCCACAACAUAAGGAGGGAAGAAGAGAGCCAGCAGGUGAUCCCUGUUGUAAAAAAGGUCAUUCAUCCUAAAUAUUCCCGUAAAGACGGGAAAAAUGACAUCAUGCUGCUGAAGCUGAAGGAAAAAGCCAAUAUCACUACGAAUGUGCGAUGUAUCUCCAUUGCCGAAAACCAUGAAUGUGUGAGGGCAGGAGAUUUAUGCACGGUGUCUGGCUGGGGCCGGACAUCUCCAGAAGGGGACAUUAAUGAUGUCUUGAUGGAGGUGGACCUGGAGGUGCAAAAUGAGGAAAUAUGUGAGCAGCUUUCCAGUAAAUACCAGCGUCAGUCUAUGAUCUGUGUUGGUGACGAAGAUAGUAAAAAAGCAACUGCCCCUGGUGAUUCUGGUGGCCCAUUAGUUUGCAAUGAGAAGGCUCAUGGCAUUGUUUCUCAUGCACUCAAAAAGAACCACUUCGCUGAGGCAUUCACCAGGAUCUCACACUUUGAGCCCUGGAUCCAAAAGCAGCUGAAGAGUUUUUCACGCAAGGCAAUUUCUUGCUUUCCAUUGUCUGACUAAAAUGCUCAUUGCCCCUUCUCCACGAUGCAUCCAAC